AUGGAAUAUUUGACAGGCAACUACUUUUAAUUAAUUAAUUUUGUGGAUAAUGAAACAAAAAGUCUAAAUUUUAUUUAAUAUGAAUGUCUUGAUGAUACUACAAAAGAGAUUAAAAAAUUCCACUAACUAGGAUUUUCUUAAACUGAAUAGUUUAUAUUCUCAAAACAAAUAGAACCCUCAUAAUAUGAUGAUAUUUGGUUCUUUUUUUAAAUCAUUAGUUAUAUAUCUAAAAAGAAAGUAGAAUUAGCAAUUUACUCUUAAUUAAAUUAAAUUUAAAAGAAACUAUAGAACCUUGCUAUGCCUAAUAGAGAUUAAAAACAAAUAUUAUAUUUUGGAUGGAGUUUAAAAGNUACAUACUUUAUUGGCGGUGGAUUAUAUGAUUAAGAAAAUUAAAAGAAGAUUAGUAAAAUGAUUGAUUUAAGUGAUGAAUUUUCGAAAGAAUCUUAAGUUACUUAUGUUGGCAAAAAUUAAAAGGGUAAUAAAGUUGGUAGAUGGAAUAUUUAGUUUAAAAAUGAGAAUGUGUAAAUUAUUCUAUAAAUAAUUUGUGGAGGUGGUUAAUUUAGCGAAGAAAAUUCAAUAAAAAUAGGAAAAUGGGUUGAAGUAAUAGAUAAUUUUGGGGCUGGAGUAGGAUAAUUGAAAGUAACUUAUAAUGGUGAAUAUAAUUAUGGUAAAAAGGUUGGCAUGAAUAGAAAUGGAUAUAGGUGA